CGCCUGAGGAUGGCGGCGGUGGCGGUGGCAGCGGCAGUGGCCUCGGCCCGGAGAGGGUCAGCACAGCCGCCUAGACGCCGAAGAGCCCGCCGCCCCCGUGAGGUGUAGACGGGGCGCUGCCUGCAGAGCAGGUCCUGCCAGCCUCGCUGGAGAGGAUGCCCCCGUGUCCGUGAUGGGCUGUGGGACAAGCAAGGUCCUUCCUGAGCCGCCCAAGGAUGUCCAGCUGGAUCUGGUUAAGAAGGUGGAGCCCUUUAGUGGCACUAAGAGUGAUGUGUACAAGCACUUCAUCACGGAGGUGGACAGCGUUGGCCCUCUCAAAGCUGGGCUCCCAGCAGCCAGUCAGUGUGCAAACCCCUGCCCGGGUGCCCCCACUACUGGCCACAUACAGCCUCCCUCAGAACCACCACGCAGGGCCAGGGUGGCUAAGUACAGGGCCAAGUUCGACCCACGUGUGACGGCCAAGUACGACAUCAAAGCCUUGAUUGGCCGAGGCAGCUUCAGCCGAGUGGUACGUGUGGAGCAUCGGGCAACCCGGCAGCCAUAUGCCAUCAAGAUGAUUGAGACCAAGUACCGGGAGGGGCGGGAGGUGUGUGAGUCGGAGCUGCGUGUGCUGCGCCGUGUGCGCCACGCCAACAUCAUCCAGCUGGUGGAGGUGUUUGAGACUCAGGAGCGUGUGUACAUGGUGAUGGAGCUGGCCACGGGUGGAGAGCUCUUUGACCGCAUCAUUGCCAAGGGUUCUUUCACUGAGCGUGACGCCACGCGGGUGCUGCAGAUGGUACUGGAUGGCGUCCGUUAUCUGCACGCCCUCGGCAUCACACACCGAGACCUGAAGCCUGAGAAUCUGCUCUACUACCACCCAGGCACCGACUCCAAGAUCAUCAUCACUGACUUUGGCCUGGCCAGUGCCCGCAAGAAGGGUGACGACUGCCUGAUGAAGACCACCUGUGGCACGCCCGAGUACAUUGCCCCUGAGGUCCUGGUCCGAAAGCCCUACACCAACUCAGUGGACAUGUGGGCGCUGGGCGUCAUUGCCUACAUCCUGCUCAGUGGCACUAUGCCCUUUGAGGAUGACAACCGCACCCGGCUGUACCGGCAGAUCCUCAGGGGCAAGUACAGUUACUUGGGGGAGGCUCUCUUCCCCAACGUCCUUCUCUUUUCUGCUGCUCGGCCCCCACCCAACCCCCUGCCUGGUCCCAGGGUGGUGGAUUCUGUCUGGUCUGGAAGCCCAGGCACCAGGAUGCCCUGGCCCAGCGUGUCCAACCUGGCCAAGGACUUCAUCGACCGCCUGCUGACAGUGGACCCCGGUGCCCGUAUGACUGCACUGCAGGCCCUGAGGCACCCGUGGGUGGUGAGCAUGGCAGCUUCUUCGUCCAUGAAGAAUCUGCACCGCUCCAUCUCCCAGAACCUCCUCAAACGUGCCUCCUCACGCUGCCAGAGCACCAAAUCUGCCCAGUCGACACGUUCCAGCCGCUCUACACGCUCCAACAAGUCACGCCGUGUGCGGGAGCGGGAGCUGCGGGAGCUCAACCUGCGCUACCAGCAGCAGUACAAUGGCUGAGCUGCCUGGCAGUGGUGGAGACAUGGCAUGGUCCCAGCAUGGUCACACACUGCUGUGCCAUCUGAGCCCAAUGCCCUCUCUGGAGAUAGGCCUGUAUGGCCAGUGGUAGGUGAAUGGCCCCGGCCCCUUCUCUGUGCCUUCAGCAGGCCCCAUCCUCACCCUGGGCCUGGCAUGGUGUGACAGAGUGGAGGGAGCCCAGGGGGCUGGAAGCCUGGCCUGGCACUGAUGCUCUUUUUGGUGGACAAUUGCUCUGGUACAAGUUGGGGAAAGGGCAGGACUGGCCUUCAGUGUCCCUCACCUCUUGUCCUUGGCUCUUCCCCAGACCAAAGGGGCAUGCAGUGCCAGGUAGAGGGUGUCCUGUGGUUCCAGGACUCUUUGGGACAGUUACUUCUGGAUUCCCCCCCUUUCCUCCACCAAACCUUCCUCCCUGGCCCCCCACAUUCCAUGGCAUCCUGAUCCUCAUGAUUAUGCUCCAGUGAGAGACCCAGGUAGGCACAAAGCUUGUGCCUUGGCUAGACUCUCAGCCUCUGUGUAAGUCUAAACAGCCCCCACCUUUCAGCCAAGAUCUGUCUUCCUUCAUGGAGAACACAAGGACCACUCCUGGCCCCAGGACUUGCCAGGACCUUCUGGACUGUGUGGCCGUGUUGGUAACGGGCUUGCUCCAGGCUCCAACCUCUCUUCACCACCAACCAGCCCACCACUCUCAGUGCCUCCUUUGCAGAGCCUACCAUCACCUCCCCCUCUCUCUUAAAUUCCCACUCUAUUCCCCAGGUGCCUCCUUCCCAACCGUGGGGGAUUAAAGGGAGCCCCACUGCUGCUACCUGGGGGUUAGGGGCACCUGGGCCAAGGCAGAGGGCAGGGGCUUCUCCGGGAGAGCCCUAUCAGGAUUCCAGUGUCAGUCCUGGUCUAUGCUUGGUACUCCCCAUUGCCCUUUCUCUUCAGGCUCUGCUGUUCCCUCCUCUGCAGCUGUAUGAAGGCACCAUCUAGUGUCUGGCAUGAGUAUAGGCAGCCUAGUAAAGAACACCGUUCCCACCUUUCAUCCUCCAAGAGGAAGUGGGAAGGAAGGAGCUGCUGCAUUGAGGGAGGGUCCCUGGGCUGCUCAGCUUUCCGUUUCUGCUGAGCUGUACCGCUCCCCCUGGAACUUAGCCAUACUGUGUGAUCUGCCUCUGAACCCUGAGUGCCUGGGGCACUGGCCUUCUCACAGCUGGCCUUGCCCUGUCCAUCCUGUCUCCGCUUCCUUUCACAGCAUUACCCUUCCAGUCUGAGUCCCACUGAAUCCCAGGCUAUAAGGAGUCCCUGCAGGAGGUGAGUGGAAUUAGGUGACUGCUUUCCCAGAGGCCUGAGCCAGAUCAUCCUCAUGUUAGUCAUGGUGCCUCCCCCCAUCACAAACUGGGCUGAAACCCAAGCUCCCUCCCUCCAGAGCUGCUUUCAGUGGAAGGAGCCAGGGCCCAGCUUUAGCGUUAGGUAGACUGCAGGGCCCCUGCCAGCAGGGAGGGUUUUGCCCUCACUCUGUUCCUCCCAGUGGGUAGCCUUGGGCCAGGCCCUCCUCUUUCUGCAUGUACCACCUCCAGUGGGAAACCAAGCCAAAGAGACCACUGUGGGCCAAGUCAGUUGUGCCUUAUACACCCCCUCUUUCUGUCCCCAUUGCCCCAGCACAAGGCAGUGGAGAGCCCAAGCCCCUUGGCCUCAGAACUCCCCCAAUUUUCCCAAGUGCCUCUGGGGGCCUGAAGCCCUGGGGGGUUAUUUCCUCACUUGCCCAGGAUAGACCUGGUCCUGAAGGUAGGACAGAAGGAAUUUGGAGACUUGGGCCUUUAUGCCAUGGACUGUGGAUGGAGAAUGUGCAGUUAUUUAUUUUGUGUACUCAGUUUGUAAUUGUAUCCUCUGUACUCAAUAAAUAGGCUGCCCUCCUUAGGGAAGGCUGCCCAUUCAUUCCAA